AUGGGCAGUGGUUGGCUGUGCUGCUGGUGUCGUGCCGGGAUUCGGGGUGCGGCCUGCCAACGUCUCUCUUGGAGUCUUGGGAGUCCACGGGAAUGGGCAGUGGUUGGCUGUGCUGCUGGUGUCGUGCCGGGAUUCGGGGUGCGGCCUGCCAACGUCUCUCUUGGAGUCUUGGGAGUCCACGGGAAUGGGCAGUGGUUGGCUGUGCUGCUGGUGUCGUGCCGGGAUUCGGGGUGCGGCCUGCCAACGUCUCUCUUGGAGUCUUGGGAGUCCACGGGAAUGGGCAGUGGUUGGCUGUGCUGCUGGUGUCGUGCCGGGAUUCGGGGUGCGGCCUGCCAACGUCUCUCUUGGAGUCUUGGGAGUCCACGGGAAUGGGCAGUGGUUGGCUGUGCUGCUGGUGUCGUGCCGGGAUUCGGGGUGCGGCCUGCCAGCGUCUCUCUUGGAGUCUUGGGAGUCCACGGGAGUGGGCAGUGGUUGGCUGUGCUGCUGGUGUCGUGCCGGGAUUCGGGGUGCGGCCUGCCAACGUCUCUCUUGGAGUCUUGGGAGUCCACGGGAAUGGGCAGUGGUUGGCUGUGCUGCUGGUGUCGUGCCGGGAUUCGGGGUGCGGCCUGCCAACGUCUCUCUUGGAGUCUUGGGAGUCCACGGGAAUGGGCAGUGGUUGGCUGUGCUGCUGGUGUCGUGCCGGGAUUCGGGGUGCGGCAUGCCAACGUCUCUCUUGGAGUCUUGGGAGUCCACGGGAAUGGGCAGUGGUUGGCUGUGCUGCUGGUGUCGUGCCGGGAUUCGGGGUGCGGCCUGCCAACGUCUCUCUUGGAGUCUUGGGAGUCCACGGGAAUGGGCAGUGGUUGGCUGUGCUGCUGGUGUCGUGCCGGGAUUCGGGUUGCGGCCUGCCAACGUCUCUCUUGGAGUCUUGGGAGUCCACGGGAAUGGGCAGUGAUUGGCUGUGCUGCUGGUGUCGUGCCGGGAUUCGGGGUGCGGCCUGCCAACGUCUCUCUUGGAGUCUUGGGAGUCCACGGGAAUGGGCAGUGGUUGGCUGUGCUGCUGGUGUCGUGCCGGGAUUCGGGGUGCGGCCUGCCAACGUCUCUCUUGGAGUCUUGGGAGUCCACGGGAAUGGGCAGUGGUUGGCUGUGCUGCUGGUGUCGUGCCGGGAUUCGGGGUGCGGCCUGCCAACGUCUCUGCUCAGAGCUCAAGGCAGCAGGGAGGCAUCGCAAUUCUCGCCUGCAGUGA